AUGAUGAAGUCUGGAGGUCAUAAUCCGAAUGGGUUUGAAGCUAAUCAAGGUAAUACUGGCCUAGGAGAGGCAAGGAGCUUUGCUGUUUUGGCAUUACUGGAAACUAAAAUUCAGGGUGCUAGAGGAGAUGUUAUUAUUAGGAAACUUGGUUUUUCAAAAAAAUUUAAGCAGGAGACUGUGGGUUUUUCUGGUGGUGUUUGGAUUCUUUGGGAUGACAGGGAUGUCGAGGUGGAGAUAAUCAAAUCCCACCAUCAAUAUGUCCAUACUAGGAUUCAUUAUGUUGAAGAUAAAAGGAUGGAAGUAGCUACCUUUGUGUAUGGUAGCCCGAGGAGGGUAGAGAGAUUACAGCUUUGGGAAGAGUUGCUGGUUAUUGCUGAUUCUGUGGUGGGACCUUGGGUUCUGGUUGGGGACUUCAAUUCUGUCCUUAGGCAGUAUGAGAAGGUUGGGGGUCUUGAUGUGUGUUGGAGGAGCAUCCAGGAUAUGCAGGAAUGUCUUGAGAAGUGUAGAGUUUUUGAUGUUGGGUUUAAGGGACCUAGCUACACUUGGAGGAGGGGUAAAUUAGAAGAGAGGAUUGAUAGAGCUUGUGCCAAUGAAGCUUGGAAUGUGGCUUGGCCUAAUAGAGUUAUAGCUCAUUUACCCUUUUUUAAUUCUGAUCACAGGCCAAUCCUUAUUAGCAAUUUCCAAGCUUGUCAGGAGGUUAAGGGGGAUAAACAGUUCAAAUUCCUAGCUGCUUGGACUGAGGCCAGAAGUGAGUUUGAAACUGCUGCAUCAAAAUGGCAUCAAGAGGUCUUUAAUGAAGGGAUGAGACAGAAACAUAGGAUUUAUGCCAGGAUUCAGGGGUUGGACUUAAAGUUAGAAGCUGGUCCGGACAGAGAGCUUGAAAAACUGCAAAGAGAUCUUUGGAAGGAAUUGGAAACUAUAUUGCUAAGAGAAGAAUUGAACUGGUUCCAGAGAUCCAGAGUUAAUUGGCUGAAAUUUGGUGAUAGGAAUUCGAGAUUCUUUCACUCUUCUACAAUUGCUAGAAGAAGAAGGAAUAAGGUACUUGCCAUUAAAAAUGACCUUGGAGAAUGGACAGCUGAUACUAAGGAGUUGGUUGAGACAGCUGUGCAGUAUUUUGAGAGACUAUUUUUGGAAGAAGAUGAUUCACAGGAAUAG